GGUCAAGUCUCUAGAAUUCACCAAACACAAAAUUCGUUGCGGCCUUGUCCAUCCUGCCAUUGAAGACUGCAGAGAGCUCCAGCAACCUCUCAGCCUCUCGUCUCGAUCCAGCGCAACGACAUCGCCCAUCAGCGCAGCAGCCAGAACAGCAGCGAUAUCAUGUCCGUGCCAUUCGUACGACGAGUCGCAAGUAGAGAACUGCCGAAGUGGACUUCAGCUCCAACUGCUGCCCGACCGGCAUACUGCACAGCGAGCUUCCUUGCUGCAAGAAGCUUGCGGAGUACAAGCGGUCCAGAUAUCUGCAAGGCUGCGCGAAGUACCAUGCGAGGCAUCGAUUCUUCCAUACCUGUUGCGCAGAGGAGGGCAUUAUCAGCAUCGGCGGCCAACAUGACCAGCUUGAAGGAGAUCAAGCAGAAUUGUCGAAAGGUCGUCUGCAUAGGGCGCAACUACGCAGACCACGUCACGGAGCUGAACAACCAACGACCGAAACAACCCUUCUUCUUCCUCAAGCCUUCUUCAUCGAUCCUCCUGCCUGACGAAGGCCCCAUACUCCGACCCAAAGGCGUGACACUUCACUUCGAAAUCGAGCUGGGAAUUGUGAUUGGCAAAACAGUCAAAGACCUAGAGGAGAAUGACGAAGCUGGCUGGAAAGAUGCGAUUGGAGGCUACAUCACAGGCAUAGACAUGACAGGUCGUAAUGUGCAAGAGGAAGCGAAAAAGCGAGGUCUUCCCUGGUCCAUCGCGAAAGGGUUUGACACUUUCUUGCCCAUCGCCGGACCAGUGGCCAAGGAGGAUAUCGUGGAUCCGCAUAAUGUGGAGCUGUAUCUCAAGGUCAAUGGAGAGAUGAAGCAGAAUGACAACACGGAGCUCAUGCUGUUCAGGAUCGGCCGGCAGCUUGCAGACAUUAGCAAGGUGAUGACGCUCGAGAAGGGUGAUAUUGUGCUCACUGGCACGCCCAAGGGCGUCGGGCCAGUGGUGACGGGCGAUGUCAUGGAAGCCGGAUUGAUCAUUGACGGCAAGGAGGUUGAGCAGGCGAAGAUUCGAGUCGAAGUCAGAGACCGCGAUUCGCCUUACGAGUUCACGCCUACGUACUGAGCGCAGAUAUCUUCUACUACUAAUAUGAAGCUCGUACCUGUGGCAUCAGUGCAUCUCUGUGCAGCAAUGCCGAGAAAAUGUUCUGCGAGCUAUAAUGACUCGGGACGUGAAGUCCCAUCCAUGUUCGAUAGUCCUCUCUGCGAACUGCAUCCCAGCUCCAAGCCUAUGUUUAGAACUGCACCGAUGUCUGACUUCAGGUUCUAAGGUACAUUCAUGUAGUCAUCAUGCCUUAAGUCCGCCACGCCACGGCCAAGGUUUCUGUGGAAAGGAGCUCCAUCACCAGCCCAUAGCAUAUCCCUCUCAAGGAAUCUCCUCGUCGUCGUCGUCGCCGCCUCCAAAGCCAAAGGAGAAACCCACACCUGCUUCGUCAUCCUCGUUUGCGAGUUUGGUAAUUUCUUCCCAACCCUUGCCAAUCUUGCUCAGUCUCUCCAUCUCUUUCAAGCCUUCUGCCAGUAAUUCAGGAUCAUGCUCUCGUAGCCUUUCCACGAACAAUCCAUAAGGAUCGUCGAUAUCGUCGCUAAAACCGCUGAUAUUGCACUUGGGACCGUUCAAGAAGUGAAGAACAGCACCGAGUCGACUUCUGGGAACGAGGUUCUGUGUGAUGGCGAUACUGGGCUCUAGGUUCAACACGAGAUGAUACCAGCCGGAUGGCACGUACAGUACCUCACCCUCGCCGCAGAUGCCUUCCUUGCAUCCGGGGGUAUUUCGUGCUUCAGCGUGGAACCCUAGUAACCACUCGGCAAUGCUGAGCGGAGAUGUGACUUCGCUUUGGUCUUCACUGACAAAGACGCCAGGAGGAGGUGGGAGGGACUGCGACGAGGGGAACAUGAUCCAGUACUUCGAGCCCUUCAAUACAGCGUUCCAGGCAGAUGUAGCAUUUGGAUCUUUAUGGAACGUGCUCCCGCUGCGGUCGGGUCCCACUAUGAGCCAGCGGUGAUCAGGCCGCUGCUUGCCAAGCAGAUGGAAUAGAUCAGGUCCGAAACAGGUAGGCUCCCAGUAGUCUGCGGUCGCAGUAGGCUCGCUCGAAACUUCGAGAUUCAUCUUCUGCGCGAAAGCACGGUCGAAGAGGUAUAGAGGUGACUCAUCUCGACUGUUGUUCAUGUAGCCGACGUACGUCUUCAGCGGCCAGUCUACCGCUUCGGCGCGGAAAGGCAAAUCGGCAUAUUGUUCGACAAGCCGUUCCGUUGACCAUGAUUUGUAUACAGGCCACUGUCUGACCGGUUCUGUCAGUAUGAAUGGUUGGCCAUACCAAUUCUUGGCAAACUCUUCAUGCGACAGGUCCUUCAGUCUGGUGAUCUGGUUCUGCUUUGGUAUAUUCUCGGCAUAUGGAUGUAAUGGAACAUUGGCACAAAAGAAAGGCCGAUGCAGGACAUCAGAGAAGAGAUUUGUGCAGUCUACUUGUGGCUCUCUGCUCACAUCUUGUGACAAAUACGUGGAACGCCAAGUGCCUUGCCACUCGAACUGCUUAGGAGAUGACUCAACGAAUAGUGUACGCCACAAUUCUUCGUUCCUGGUGAACGCAUGCAAAGCGCGACAUGUGCCGCCCAGCUUGAGAAGAUCUCGAGGCCUCAGAGUCUCGAGAAGAGAAGCAAGUAGCUCGUCUGGUAGCAGAGCGAAGUUUCCAGCAGCGUAUUUCAGGUUGACGUUGGAAGUGAGAGCAUUGCCGCUGGGACGUACACCAAGGGGAUGGCGUCGAACAAAUGCUGCGCCCUCUUCUCGAACAUCCUGCUGCUUCUGUUUCUUGACCGGUCUCGUCUCUGAUGACUCCCACGCUGGGUUUCCAUAACCAUUGCCAUGGCUGUCGCUUUUGC